AUGAUUCAGAAGAAAGUUAAACAAGCAGCCGAAGUCGCCACAUUAGAUGACUCAUUGGUUCAUCUGGAAAAGUCACUUACUGGUACAGGUGUCGCUGCUUCGUUCUCCUCAUCAGCUCCGCCUACUGAAACAUCUUCGGAUAAAGGAUCAUCGUUUUGUCGUUUGACACGCACAGGUUCACCUGAAAAAAAAAAUCAGCACCAAGCUGCGAACAACCCGGAAUAUCGCACACAUCAUUUGUUCCCGAAUCAUGCACAACAAACAGCCUCGAACCCUCCAGUUCGGCUGUCGCAGUCAACCGUGGCCUCCUAA